AUGAUAAUAAAAUUUAUGAAUCUUGUUCCUGAUGUUGAUUUUUUUUUUUUUUUUUUUUUCAGAGACCGGUUUUUAGAUUUGGUGGAAGGUCGUGUGAGUUCAGGUGGCAUGACGAAAAUGAAGGAUAUAUCCCUGAGAAAUGUAGAGGGUGUAUCAGGGGAGAUGAUGAUCAACAAAAUUCAAGACUUUGUGUAUGAUGAAGUUCUGUCACAACAUUUCAUGCUACCUCAGGUGUUGGAUUAUGUGGAAUGUUUCACUGGCCCCAAUAUCAUGGCCAUGCACACCAUGCUUAUUAAUAAGCCCCCAGACCCAGGCACUCGCACAUCUCGUCAUCCCCUGCACCAGGACCUCCAUUACUUUCCUUUUAGACCUGCAAACCGAAUUGUCUGUGCUUGGACAGCUAUGGAGAAAAUUAAUAAUGAUAAUGGUUGCCUUUUUGUCCUUCCUGGCUCACAUAAAGGAGUGUUGGAACAGCAUGACUAUCCUGAUUGGGAGGAUGGCGUGAACAAGAUGUAUCAUGGUGUUCGAGGCUAUGACAAUAUACCCAAGACAAUGCUGUGUAUGGAAAAAGGAGAUACUGUUUUCUUCCACCCAAUUCUCCUACAUGGGUCUGGUGAUAAUAAAACAAAGCACUUCCGGAAAGCAAUAUCCUGUCAUUAUGCAAGCUCAGAAUGUGAAUAUAUUGAUGUAAGAGGAACAUCGCAAGAAAACAUUGCCAAGGAAGUAGAAGAGGUAGCCAGGAAGAAAGGUAUUGAAGAUUUGACUUACAAGCACCUCUGGAAGUUCCGCAGUCGUUUAGUACGGGGUGUAGAAAUCAACUUAUAAGUAUGGCUGAUUUUGGCAUCAGCACACUUCUGGAAGACAUAUUGAACAAGUGAUGGAGAUUUUCUUCUUCUUUGGGUCAGAAUAUAAUUUGUGUGUAUGUACAUAUAUAUAAUCUUUUAAUUUAGCAGCCAUCUAUGCCAAGGCAGGAUAUGUUUAAACAUGUGUAUUAUAUACAGUAAGACCCCAACCUAUGAUGAUCCAAUUUGUUUUUCAUUUUCUUGACUUAGAACUUAGGUAGCACUUAAUUACUUACGAAACAGUGGGUUAGCGCUUAGUUUUGAUUAUAAUAGUUCUAAUAGUGGGACUACUGUAGUACAAUAUUUAUAAUUUUAUUAAUGAUGAAUUAUGAGUUUUGGCUUUUACGAAAUACAUUAAUACUUUGUG